AUGGCAGCUCUAGUAGCGAGCUCGGAAGGAACCGGUCUAAAUCCGAUGUCGUUCACAGAUCAACAUGGAAGUGUUGUUCUGGAACGUAUGCGAUAUCAAAGAGAGACAGGUCGGUUUUGCGAUGUGUGCAUCGUAGUUAAAGAUCGACAAUUCUCCGCCCAUCGCAAUAUCUUAGCAUCAUGUAGUCCGUACUUUGACUCCAUUCUAAAAUCCACAAAAGUGACAAAAGAACAGGUGGUUGUAAACUGUCAACAUCCGAAAGCGUUUGAAUUAUUGCUCAACUACAUGUACAGUGGUUGUGUUGUUAUUGACCGCACAACUGUGGCGGAAUUGCUUCGUUUAGCAAAUAAUUUUCUAGUGACGAAACUAAAGAAUUACUGUGCUGAGUACCUCGAUAGGUACUUGGACGCUGCAAACUCACUGUCAGUGCGACAACUCGCUACCAAGUAUAAUCUGCCAUCACUAUUAAAGGCUGCUUCUGAGUAUUUUGAUGUUAAUAUUAAUCGUUGCCUUCUCGAAUCUGUUGACAUUUUGAAGUAUCCUAUGCCGCAAUUACUCAAAAUUCUCGAAGAUCCGAAAUAUCAGGAUGUCAUCAGUCCUGAUGUUUAUUUGAAACUGAUCGUACGAUGGGUCGGUGAAGAUGUUCCCAGCAGAGAAUCCUCAUUUCGACCGCUGCUUGAACGUUGUCGAGUAUUGGAUGUAUCGGAUAAUGCCCUCGAAUUUGUUCUCGACUACUCUCCCCUGUUAACUAAGAGUCAAAACUGUCGAUAUAUCCUUCUUGGAGCGAUGCAUGCCAAUGCUAUUCCAAUGCCUAAAUAUGAGCAACAGUUCCUAUCGCUUGCACAGCAGUUAGGAGGUGAAGCAGCAGCUGCAGCUCUUCUUGAAGCCAAUGCGGCACUUGGCGCAGCAGGCGACGAGGAUUACGAGAACGAUUCUAGUUUUGAACAUAUGGAUGAUGAAGAGGAAGACGAAACACCAGUAGAAGGCCAACCCAGCACCAGCACAGUUCUGGAAACUACGUUCACCGAAGAUGGCGUUGAAAAACCAAGGGUACGGCUAAAGAUCAACCUUGGAGGCGUUCCUUUAGCAGAUAUCAAUAAAAAAGGUAGGAGCAAAGUAUUACGGAAAUCUGUAGGCAAUUCCGCUGUAAGAAAACGAGGACGACCCCCGAAAAGAACUGACGAAAAUGAAAUUUUACCUAUGGUGGACGAUGAUGACGUCGAUGGUGUGUAUGCUACUUCAUCGCUUACUGGGGCAGUAACGUAUACACAGGAAGAUGUCAUUGACCCAGAAGAAGUAGAAGAUGGAGAAGACGUCCACGUGGAUGGGGGACUUCAUGCUUGCAAAUUUUGCAAAUUUGCGACCACUUCAGUUGAAGAAGUUGAGAAACAUCGUGCUCGUCAGCAUAAUCGCAAUACGGGAUAUCUCUGUCAAUUAUGUGAGUUCGAAUCAACGUGGAACAAAACGUUCUAUGAGCACUGCAGAGAACACUGGACUCAAGCUCCGUAUACAUGCGACCAGUGCCCGUUCGUAUCUAAAGAUAACCUUCAGGAGCUCCUGGCUCAUCGCUUAUCACAUACUACUGAAAGGUUCUUCAAAUGCCUUGAAUGUGGUUUUCGGGCUCGAUCCCGUACCCAGCUCUGGGCUCACGAACGUAUGCACAGUAGUCUUGAUGAGCGACCUCUACAUUGUGAAGAAUGUGGCCGUGGAUUCAACACCCAUACAGCGUUGGAAAUGCACUUUUCGUCGCAUGAUGAGCCGAGGUCUUUCGUAUGUGAAGAUUGUGGAUUUGCUACUGCUAAUUCUGAUCACAUGACGACUCAUCGAAGGCAGCACACGGGUGAUAUGUUCUACUGUCAUAUUGAAGGCUGUGAUUACUCAUCACCAAAGAAAAGUCAAUUGGCAGCACAUCUUCGGACCCAUAUGGCUGUCAGAGCUCAUAUGUGCAAGAUCUGCGGCAGAGGCUUCAUUGAAAAAUCUCAUCUUGUACGGCACGAACGUAUUCACCUUGAGGACAAGCCAUUUAAGUGUGAUGCUUGCGACUAUGCGUCCAGCCGACGGGACAAACUUAAGGAACAUAUACUCAAACAUCAUAAUGGCACUACAGCGAACAAAUCACAGAGGCGUCGUUAUCGCCGCGCAAAACAGCUGGCUGCACUUGCUGCUCAAUUGCAGGAUAGAACUGCACCUCCAGAAGCCAUGUUCCGUCCUAUACCUGCGAAUGAGUCGGUGUCUCAGUGGGCAGAAUCGCAGAGUUUCCAAAGCGAACAACAAUACUCCCCUCAAAAUUCUCAACAGCAAAUAUCAGGAACAAUCGUAGGACAAGCAGGGACUUCUCAGCCAAUCGGGGGAUUUUCUCCACUGCAACGCCCUUACUCAGAAGCGAACCCAGCCCCUCCCCAACGAGCCCUUUCGCCUGGUUCAAUGUCGAUGAGGAACGUUCACUUGAGAGGUGCCGACUCCCCGCUCAUGCAGAAGAACAAUUUAACGGGAUUAAAUGAUACACCAUCAUUGAUAACACCAGUUCCUGUGCCGAGGUCUCCUCAUAACCAUUCGGAUCCAUUUGGGAUGAGUACACCUACGGAUUUAAAUCGACCAAUGAGCUUACCUCCCUACGGCCAAAUGCAGCAGCCUCAACAACAGAAUGGUCAGCAACAGCAACAAAAUUCUAGUCAAUGGUUGUGGUGA